GCAGUGGCAGGCAUCGGCAGGCAACGGCAGGCAGUUGCAGGCAGCAACAGCGGGCACGUAGCAGGCAGCAGCAGCAGCAACAACAGCAGCAAGCAGACUCAUCCUCUGCGCGUCCACUCAGGCGGCAGCAGCAGCAGCCCUGUUCCUGCAGGAAUCUCUCCGCGCUGCCGACAAUACAAUCGAGCGUGUGCUGGGCUGAAGGGCAAAGCUGCCCACCCGCCCUGCGGAUACGAAGACCGCCGUGCCCGCCCACCCACCCACCCACCCCCAACCCCGCGCAGAACUCUCGUCCGUCCGUCCUUGUUGACGACACCGCUGCCUGGUCACGGCGCUCGCGGCAGGCGACUUCGCACACGCGGGCCAGCCAGCCAUGGAUCCCGACCGCAAGCGCGCGCGGUUCGUGGACGGAGACGCCGACGGGAACGGCGACGGAGACGAGGGGGGGCCGCCCUCCGAGGCCACGGCGCUCGAGCGGGAACUCGCCGACGCGGCGAGCCGGGCGCCCGGCGCGGAAUCGUGGCGGCGUUGGGACGCGGAGACGGUGGCCAAGUGGCUGGGGAAGAUGGAUGUGCCGGACGAGGUCUGCGGCGCCUUCAGAAAGCACAACAUCACGGGCACAGUGCUACCGGACAUCACAGAAGACCACCUGAAAACAAUUGGUGUAAAGAAACUGGGAAAUCAGCUGAAAGUUUUUCAAGUUUUGAAGAUCAUGUGCCAGGAUUCCAAGCAAAACAUGAAGGUGUUCAAUGACCCCAUCCACGGGCACAUUGUGAUGCACCCCUUGCUCGUGAGAAUCAUCGACACCCCGCAGUUCCAGCGCCUCCGCAACAUCAAGCAGCUGGGUGGCACCUACUGGGUGUUCCCUGGAGCCUCGCACAACCGCUUCGAGCACUCCAUGGGGGUGGGUUACCUGGCGGGGCAGCUCGCCACGGCCAUCCAGAGCAGGCAGCCCGAGCUGGGCAUCAACGAGAGGGACGUGCUGUGUGUGCAGAUUGCGGGACUCUGCCACGACCUGGGACACGGCCCAUUUUCCCACAUGUUUGAUAACAGCUUCAUCCCUGCUGCUCGCCCCGGAUGCAAAUGGAAGCACGAGGUGGCCUCCGUGCAGAUGUUUGACCACCUAGUCCAGGCCAACGGCCUGGAGGAGGUUCUGAGCAAGGAGUAUGGCCUUAAGUUGCCGGAAGACCUGGACUUCAUCAAAGAGCAGAUUGCUGGGCCCCUGGCUGACAUCGCCGAUAGCUCGGGGCCUGGUAGUGGCGUCAAUAACUGCUUUGCCAAAUCGCCGCACGUAGACCGGGAGGGUGGCCAGCAGGUGCAGGCAAAAGAAGACUGGCCGUACAAGGGCAGGACCAAGGACAAGGGAUUCCUGUACGAGAUUGUUGCAAACAAGAGCAAUGGCAUAGAUGUGGACAAGUGGGACUACUUUGCCAGGGACUGCCACCACCUCGGAAUUCAGAACAACUUCGACCACAGGCGCUUCAUCGAGUUUGUGCGCGUCUGUGAGGUCGAAAAUGAAAGGACGAAAAAAGUGAUUUGCUUCCGAAACAAGGAGGUGGGCAACCUCUACGACAUGUUCCACACGCGCAACUGCCUGCACCGCCGCGCGUACCAGCACCGAGUGGGCAACAUCAUCGAACUCAUGAUCAAGGAGGCUUUCCUCAAGGCAGAUAAGUACAUCAAGAUCGAGGGAUCUGGCGGCAAGAUGUUCUCCAUUUCCGGGGCGAUUGACGACAUGGUGGCCUACACAAAGCUCACAGACCUGAUUUUUUACGAGAUCCUGCACUCGCGCGACCCCAAUUUGAAGGAGGCCAGGGUCAUCCUGGAGAACGUGGUUUGCCGGCGCCUCUACAAGUUUGUGAAUCACACGCAGCCCGGGGAAGGGAAGAACCCUCUUGAUGAGGUCAAACUGGCGAAGGAGAUUGCUAACUCGGAACCGGAGAUGCCACUCAAUGUCAAGUUAAACCCAGAGGACUUUGUGGUGCAUGUUAUUAACUUGGACUACGGAAUGAAGGAGAAGAACCCCAUCAACAAUGUGUGGUUCUACUGCAAGGAGGAUCCCGACAAGCCGUUCAGAAUCUGCAGGACACAGGUGUCAAAGAUGCUGCCGGAAAUAUUUCAGGAGCAGCACAUUCGCGUUUACAUCAGGAAACUGGAGCCGGAAUACCUCAAAGCUGCCAAGCAGUACUUCGUGCAGUGGUGUCUGGACAAGAAGUUCAUCAUGCCUCAGGAUGGAGAAGUGGUGGCCCCAGGGCUGACUCCAUUCAAAGAGAGCUGGAAGCGAAACGCUGACGCCAACUCCGACGAGAGAGUGCGACAAGGAGCCAAAGAAUGCCAAAGGAAACUUUUCUUGAAUGAAAACACCAAAUGAUAUGCCCGUGUAAAAAAAGCACCCACUUAAUUUUACGUAUGGUUUUUAAAUUGUGGUCGGAAUUUAACUGCAUUUAAAACCUUUUACUUUUUUUCUGAAGCACUCUUGUUGCCUUAUUGCUACGCAGAUGUUUCCCAGGUUACGCUGUACAUCUCUCCGCUGUGCUUGCGAGUUGUACCGCGUGUUGUUGUUUGGCACGAUAUCUGACAAUUUUGCUGCUCUUCGUGCCGGACAAACACGCGAUACAACCUGAAAACGCAUCGGGGCAGCUCUUGCAGCUUUUUUCCCCGCUUUGUAACAAUAAUUAAACGUGGCCUUUUAUUAAGUGAAUCUCGCUUGCACGUUUAUACCGUGCAAGCGCCUAAUGGCAUGCAGAGUUGUGUGUUUCUCACUUAGUGAUAGGGUUGCAUGCAAAUGAUUGAUACUACUGAAGUGGGUUUCAGUGCUGAUUGUGUUCAUACUCGGAUAAGGUAGGUUGAGAUUAUUACGGGUAAAACUUUGCGUACCUCCCGGUGUGUCUGUUAUGUUUAAUGCUAUGCACUUGGGGGGGGGGGGGGGGGUGGAAAAAAUGCGUUGAUUCUUUUAUCAACGUCGAUUCUUGACCUCAUGAUACAUGCACGGAAUUGCGCGUGCGUGGACGUCGGUGCGUCGGAUUAAAAGGCGUAUUAGUGUCACUCGUGCAGCCGCGAGAGCCGCUGCCGUCCACCUCGUGAGAAACUGGAUUGCCGAGUUGAAUUGUCAACGUUUAAUCGAACCGUCCCGAGUCAUUUCGACCACACUCUGCGCUCUUCACUUCGCGACGCUUGAGUCGUGAUCAAUCCACCGCUGGAUGAAGCCCCUCCCGCCCACGCAGUUCUCGUAAUUUCACACGAUCCUGCGACGUCGGGAUUAUGUUGGGAAUUUGGAUGGGGGGGAGGUUUUGUUGUACACCACCAAAUUGGGGCAGCUUGCAAUAUCGGAACAAUUACCAUCUAAAAUAAUACAACAAUAAUAGUCAUGAGGGUUUUUUUUACCUUAAUUCACAAUUAUCUCAAUUCGGCUUGGUGAAGGUACAGUCUCAUUGCUUUUUUAAGAGUCUAAAUAAUUUAAGAUUGUAAUGUGGUGGAUGUGUACGGCAAACCUUUGCUUUUAUGCAAAUUAUUUUUUUUACUGCUUGAAAUGUGUGAAGAAAAAUAUGUAAAGCUUAGGUCAGUGGUGCAUUUCAAAUAAUGCAACAUUUAUGUUGGGCUUUGUUUACAUCACGGUACUUCAGAAUUUUUAAGUACCACAUGUUUUAAGAUUUUUGAAGUCUUCACUCCACUUAACACGAUACUCCUACAUUAAGUGGGCGUCCGUUUGAGAUGUUUUUCACGCUUUAAUUUCCACCGUGUGAUAACUCGUGUUUGGGCAUUGUACGUAUGCCAUUCGCACCCAGGUCAUGUGCAUUCUCGAGGAAAGGGGGUGCUUAGGACCUACCUAUAAGCGUGUGGCUCUGGUAUUUUAUCCACUUGCUAGCAUUAAUAAUCGGAGAUUUCAGGGCUAUGGAAGUUUCCAAUUUAAAAUCUACACUGCAUAUCGUUGUAUACCUGUUCUUCGGGAUAACCAUAUGUUGUGAGAGCUCGGUAAAGGUGCCAACAUUGGCCCAAAGUUCCUUGCUUACUGGGAGGCUUUGUAAUAAGUAUGACAGAUUCCCCGUGUAUGAACAAGCUUUUAAUUCUAGUUGUGACUUUCGCAUGUGAGCUUACAGUUAUAUUUACAGCACAAACCUGAAUGCAACCUACUGAAUGUUGGACGUUGUUGCGCUUGGCGUCUGUGUAAAGUCACUGUAAGCACCGUCCCAAUGGGUUUUACAUAACCCAAGUAUGAUGAUGUGUUUGUAUCUAUAACAGAAUAAUCGUUAAGCGUCAUUGCGGAGAGGGGUAACAAUAAUAACACACAACGCCUCCAUUUUUGUGUCUCCACGUAAAAAAUGAAAAUAAAAUGAAAAUAUGUUUUUACACAUGCCACCAGCUGCUCGACUUUCUGAGUGCAUCUUGGCAGCACUGUAUUGGUUCAAAACAAUAAAACUCCACUGGUUCCAAGGGUUCGACGUCCCAUUAGCAGUUACGCUUGCUUGAACCAAUUCAGUACUGGUCACUGAAUGUAAGAAAUUGUCCCUGUUCAACACGAAAUUAAGUAAUACAUAACACAGUAAUUCAGUCGUUGUGAGUAGAGAAUAUGGAAAGUGGGUAUUAUUUAUUUUGUUAUCAGCAUAUAACAUUUGAAUAAUUUCCAAGAUUGUUCUUUGGUGUGAUGGGUUCGCUAUUUAACACGCUGUUAAUUUUUGAGUGUUUAAUUUAGGCAGAUGUCUUCCGGGUGUUUGUGUUAUUUUGCCCAGUUGCAGAAGCUUAAAACGUCACUGUGUUACGUGCAAUUACAUCCUUUCCUGCUUAACCAAGUGCCUUUGUUUUGUGCAAAAAAAGUGAUUUUCUUCCCUGGAAAUUCGUUGUUCUCUAAAAAUGCUUCUAUAACAGAUGGGAAAUACAAGUGGGAAAUAAUUGUUUUCCCCCUUCAAAGUGUAUACCUACCAAUAAAUCACGUGAAAACAAUCCGUAUCCUGUAAUUUCAGUUGAAGCGUCUCUUCUUAAGGAUGUAAUCAUUCGUUAACGUUAUUUGUGUUGAUCUUUUUUAAAAAAAAUAGUUGUUUUAACAUUGGUGGUGCUCUUUUAGUUGAGGUUGUAUCUUGAGUUAUAAUUGUAAGCGUUGUCAUUACUUAAAUGUUAUUUUUAUUGAAUAAAGUCUUGAUUUUUUUAAGA